AUGUCUUCGGUGUCAUUGUCGAUAUUGUUUGAUAUUGCCCCUGGUGUAUUUCUUGAAUUCAUUAAUGUUGUGCUUUCGCAUAAUUUCAUUAUGUAUAAUACAUACCAUGCUAGUGAUGCUGUUUCAGCGUUAAAUGGUGUAGAUGAUUGCUUUGGAAUAUAG